UGGAACAUGAGCGACAAAAAAUCAAUUUUAUGUUCAUUCGUACAAAAAUCCCGCUACUUUCCGUCGUGUCAUUGGGUCGGUCGGUGGUCGUGGAUUGAAUCGGAGUCGAAAUCUGUAAUCAUCAUCAUCCCUAUCAACCACGUGCACAUAAAUGGAGUCUUCUUUCAGUGGGUCCUUUUCUGGAUUGCUUCAUCUCCAACAAAUAUCAUGAAAAUAGGUGAAUCCAUCAUUUUGCUCAAGUCCCUGAUGUGGGUCUUUCUGUACUUCUAAACCAGAACUCCCUCACUUUCUUGGCUUUUUUCGUUUCAUGAGGGUCAUUCCCCUUCUUCAUUUCCCGGUUCCACCGGCGCCGGCGAUCACCAUCGCUCGUCGGCACUCAAUACCUCCAUCCUACGACCUUUCCCGACAUGGGUCAUUUCCGUUACGUUCCGGUUUCCGUUAUAUGUUUCGUUCUAUUAGAAAGUUUGAGGUAUUGGCUACGAAUAAACAGUUGCCGGAGCUGAGGAACGGAAAAUCAGAGAGUGAAGAAGGUAUUUCGUUGCGAGCGGAAGAUGGCGAUAGCUUCGAUUUAGGAUGGUUGCCUGCUUUUCCUCAUGUUCUUGUUGCUUCCAUGUCUAAUUUUCUAUUCGGUUACCACAUAGGAGUAAUGAACGGUCCUAUUAUUUCUAUUGCUCGUGAACUUGGUUUUGAGGGGAACUCAAUACUUGAGGGACUUGUUGUGAGCAUUUUUAUUGUUGGUGCAUUUCUUGGAAGUAUAAGUUCUGGUUCGCUGCUUGAUAAACUAGGCUUUAGGCGCACUUUUCAAAUUGCAACAAUACCCUUGAUUCUUGGUGCGCUGUUGAGUGCUCAAGCCCAUACCUUGGAUGAAGUACUUUGGGGAAGAUUUCUUGUUGGCCUUGGCAUUGGAGUUAAUACAGUGCUUGUUCCAAUUUAUAUUUCUGAGGUUGCUCCAACAAAAUAUAGAGGAACACUUGGAGGCUUGUGCCAGAUUGGAACAUGCCUUGGAAUUAUUGCUUCACUCUUUCUAGGAAUUCCAUCAGAGAACGAUCCACAUUGGUGGAGGACAAUGCUCUAUAUUGCAAGUCUUCCUGGAUUCUUUAUUGCUUUUGGCAUGCAGUUUGCAGUUGAAAGUCCACGCUGGCUAAGCAAGGCUGGGCGACUGGAUGAAGCUAGAGUUGUUAUCUGCAACCUAUGGGGAGAAUCUGAAGUUGAAAGAGCAGUUGAAGAGUUCCAGUCCGUAAUAAGGAAUGAUGGAAGUGAUUUGAACAGUGGAUGGUCAGUGCUUCUUGAAGAACAAAACUUUAGAGUUGCAUUCAUUGGAGGUGCCCUUUUCUUCCUUCAACAAUUUGCUGGCAUAAAUGGAGUUCUCUAUUUCUCGUCUUUGACCUUUGAAGACGUCGGAAUCACAAAUGUUGCUUUAGCAAGUUUAGUUAUUGGAAUUACCAAUUUUGCUGGUGCUCUCUGUGCGUUGUACUUGAUGGAUAAGCAAGGGAGGCAGAGGCUUUUAAUUGGAAGCUAUUUGGGCAUGGCAGUUUCAAUGUUGCUUAUUGUCUCUACCAUUAGUUUUCAGUUUGAUGAAGAACUGAGUCGCAAUUUAUCGAUAGUAGGAACUAUUGCUUAUAUCUUUUCCUUUGCAAUUGGAGCCGGUCCAGUGACUGGUAUUAUUAUACCUGAGCUUAGCAGCACCCGAGCACGAGGAAAGAUCAUGGGAUUUAGCCUUGCAGUCCACUGGGUAUGCAAUUUCACGGUGGGUCUAUUCUUUCUCGACUUGGUCCAAACAUUUGGCGUUGCUCCAGUUUAUUCUGGCUUUGGUGCAUUUUCCUUAGUGGCAGCCAUAUUUUCCAAGUACUUCUUAGUGGAAACGAAAGGGAGGUCUUUGGAGGAGAUCGAAAUGGCAUUGAACCCCAACUUCAAUGGCAGUGACAAGUAAUACAGAGAUUGACCUAAUCACUUUGCUGGGCUCCUAUUAAUAGUUAUUACUUACAGGAAAAAAAAUGAAACUAUUGAAGAAGGAGAAGAAGAAGGGCAAUUUGGACAUUAAAGUAAAGGUUAGCUAAAAGAAGUGAGAUUCUCUCUCUUUUCUUUUUUAUAUCACAGGAUUUUGGGAAAUGCAAGCAAAGAUGAACACAGUUCGAAGUGGGAGGCUUUUUGAAAUGGUUUAUUUGGGAAGGAAUAUGAGAAAGCAGGUGUUUGGAUGCAGAUUUGUGAUUGAAACAACAUAACAUGAAUUGAAUAGGGUUUGUCCAAACCUGGAUAAGGAUGAGAUUUGAAUACUGAUCUGUUAUAAAUGGGUUGAAAGUUUCAAAAUUUGUUGGUGGGUUUUUAGAAAACAGAAAUCACAGGUAAGAAAGAGCGACGGUUUUGGAAGCAGAAGAAGACGGGCACGUAGUUCAAGGUGAGAAAGAAGAAGAAGAAGAAACUGAAAUAGAGCCAUUGGAGUUGAUAUGAUCAAUGAAGAAUAUGAUUGCUGUUUCGAGUUCUUUUUAUCGGUGAAUGCGAGUGAUGAAACUUGCUCCAUUUUGCAUUCCUAAAGUUACCCUUUUAGGUCUUUUGGACCUAAACAAAGUGGACCCAUAUCCUGAACCCUUCAAAUUAAGGUUAAACCAUGAUUAAACUUUAACUCAAUUGGUUGUCUAUCGAAUUCAAAAAAAAAAAAAAAAAAAAAUUGACUCAAUUGGCUGAGACAUGUCUGUCUUUUAGAUCUAUUCUCAAAGACGAGAUCUUAGCUUGGAGUGAACGAGGUCUCGUAACUAAACUCACUAAGAUUAAAUUGUUUUCUUUAUUAUUACUAAUUACCAAAAGUCGAUACAUAUCAACUUUUAUUUAACUUUUCUAAAAUCUUCUACUUCUUAAUUGUUUGCCAAUCUUAAAUAAAAAUUUAUUUAUUAUCCA